GGAGCAGCUGGUUCAGCGUCGUCGUUUCUUUCGAAAGAUUACGCAAGUCUUCGUUUUUUCGCUAUACUCUCUCGUGUGCCCCCUCACUCCGUGUCUCGUAUACUAUACACAGCUAUACGCAGCCGCAGUGGUCAGCGAACCAGUUCAGUUGACCGUCGGACAGCAUGUCGAGCACGGCCUCCUCUGCCGAGCUCAAUGUCGUCGUCGUCGGGGGUGGACUGGUCGGCGCCCUCGUCGCGAGCUUCUUCGCCAAGCGCGGCCACCGGGUCCGGCUCUACGAGUACCGCUCAGAUGUCCGGGUCGAGUGUUCGAGGGGUGUGAGCAUCGACCUGGCGCUCUCGCAUCGGGGUAGGGAAGCUCUGAGGGCGGUGGGCUUGGAAGACGAGGUUGUCAACCAUCACGGCACCGCUAUGAAGGGACGGAUGCUCCACUUCAGGGACGGCUCGCUCAAGGAGGUCCUCUACGACAGCGUGAACGGCAACUGCAUCUACUCGGUCAACCGAACCCAUCUGAACAAGCUCCUGCUGAGCGCUGCCGAAAAGCAUCCGAACGUGAGCUUGUUUUUCAAGCACAAACUCAUCGACGCCGAUCUCGAUAAAGGGACGCUGAAGUUCAUUAAAAACGAGAGUCGAGAAAUCGUCAACACCGAAGCGGACCUGAUAAUCGGAGCCGAUGGCGCUUAUUCGCUCAUCAGAAGAAUGAUGUCGAAGAGACCUCGCUUCGAUUUCAACCAGAAGUACAUCGAUCACGGCUACGUCGAGCUCUCCUAUCCGCGUGGAAAGGACGACAAGUACAUCAUGAGCGGAAAGCACCUGCACAUCUGGCCCCGGGGCGAGUUCAUGAUGAUAGCUCUGCCUAACGACGACCUCACCUUCACCGGCAACAUCUUCGCGCCGUUCAAGACCCUCGAGAGCCUCAACACGCCCGAGCGUCUGCUGAAGUUUUAUCGCGAGCAGUUCCCCGACGCGCUGCAGCUGAUCGGCGAGGAAAAACUGCUCCGCGAUUUUUUCCAGACGUCACCCAAGACCCUCAUAUCCAUCAAGUGCAAGCCUUACCACGUGGGCAACAAGACGCUGAUAAUCGGCGACGCCGCGCACGCUAUGGUACCGUUUUACGCUCAAGGAAUGAACGCGGGCUUCGAAGACGUUCUCUUACUGGACCAUCUGAUGGAGCUUCACGAGGGCAAUCUGGACAAAGUGCUACCAGGCUUCUCCGAUGCUCGCUGCGACGACGCUCACGCCAUCGUCGAUCUGGCCAUGUACAAUUACCUCGAGAUGCGCGACCUCGUCGCCAAGAAGUCCUUCCUCGCUCGCAAAUACCUGGACGACGCUCUCAACUGGCUCUUCCCGAACAAUUGGAUUCCGCUAUACAGCACCGUCACUUUCUCGAGAAUGCGUUACUGCGAUUGCAUAUCUAACAAAGCUUGGCAAGAUAAGGUAAUCAAGCGAGCUGUUUUUUGCGUAGGAAUAGCGAUACUGGCUGUCGUAACGGCCGCGAUGAUCAGCAGCGUACAGAUUUAGCUCGUCUUUACAGGCUUCAUAUUAUAUAUCAGACUAUUUUUUUCCAACCUUUCGAGCGACAUUCCACGAUGUAUUUCUGUUUUUUUUUUUACUAUAAAAUAAUAGAGAGGCCAAUUAACACCUCUUACAUUUUAUUAAAAAUAUUCCAAGUAUAAAACAACGUGCUCUUAUGGUACAGUGCGUAACGUUCAAUGACAGUGCAAAUAUACUAUGCAAUAGAUGCUUCGAUGAUACAACACGAGA